CAUCAGGGGCGGACUGACCAUUUGGAAACUCGGGCACUGCCCAAGGGCCCGGGGUCAGUAGGGGGCCCCAUGAGAUGCCCCUGGUACCUUUUUCAUAGGCUUUUUUGAGUUUGGGCAAGGACACAGGGGCCCCAUGAUCCCCUAUUGCCCGGGGGCCCCAUGAGUUGUCAGUCCGCCCCUGUUUCCAAAUGGUCAGUAAGUCCCUGACUGGCCCCACCCUGAAGAGAAUAGUGCUGGC